AUGGAGGCGUCGCUGGACGCGUCGCCAGCGGGGACCAAGAUCCGUGAAGCGCUAAAGAAUCACAUUUAUAACGGCAAACCAGUGUCGUACUCGGUGUCAAGUGCACUGAAUUGCAUCAUGUCUGGAGUGAUUCGAUGGGAGCGGAAGGAUAGCAGUGGCUCGCAUUUCUCUUGUGCCCUUUAUUACGAAGCUUCAGCGUAUUUGGAGAUGCUGCAGAAGAAAAGCUACAAAGAGUUAGUGGCUGCUGUGCGGUAUCUACAGACCAAGUUCUUUGUGGUCAUCGAAGGCAUGGAUCGAGCCCUCAUCGAGCUCAAAAAACAGCAAAGGAAGAAGAAAAAGAACGGAACUGCCGCAAACCGCACGCUGCCGAUGAUUUCGUUUGCAGACUUGCAAGAAAUCGCCUUCCAGUUGUUCAUGGAUGUCGGAGCUCACACAAAGUUCACGUGUGAUCUCGAAGCUACGGCGAACUAUGUGGCUUUGUUGACUCGCGAGCUGGUUGUUGCAUCGUCACGUGCGACUGCGCUCGAGGAAUUUCUAGAAUCUGUGCCUCGCUACAACUCGUUUCGGGUGACGCAUAGCGGAGGGACAGCUAGUGCAAGCGCCAACGCGUGGCUUCGUAUGCUGCAAGUAAUUCCGGGGGUGAGUGAGGACAAAGCGCAGUGUCUGUUAGACCAUUUCCCUACUUUUGACUGCCUCAUGCGUGCGUAUCGUGACCCGAGACUGUCACGCGCGCAGAAAGAGGAUCUCGUCGCUGAUAAACUGCACGAUGCUCGAGUUCAACGAGCUCUGUCGAAGAAGAUCUAUGCCGUCUUCUGCGAGGAAGACCCCGAUGCGCUGGUCUAG